AUGACUUCGGCGGAUUUGCACACGGCGCUGUUGCGGCCAGCGGUGAUUCAAAUCCUGAGGGCAGCGGGCUUUGGAUACGCCAAACCGGCCGUGAUAGACACGCUCACCGACCUUGCAGCGAGGUACCUGUUACUUCUGAGCACGUCAACCGCUCAAAACGCCUUCAAUACGCACAAUACGUUUGUCGCCACGGUCCAGGACGUGAGGCUCGCGCUAAGUCAAGCGGGCGCUCUAACUCCGCAGAUGAGCACGGUCGAGGAAGGACUGAAGGAGGACGUGGAGGUCGAUGGUGUGAGGAUCCCGUUCGAAGACCUUCGCGGCGUCCAGGGAUUCGUAAAUUGGGCCCAAGGACCCGUCAACAAGGAGAUCAGGAGGAUUGCGGGAUUCGGAGACGAUGCCAACGUCGAGGAAAUCGCGGCUGGUCUUGAUGACAAGGAAGACUAUCUCACAGCGCUGAAAAAGAAGCACAGCAAGACUGGUGAGGAAUCGCGCUAUCAAGGCACCGUCCUGGGCAAAGACAAUGAGCUACAGUCUGUGGCAAUAGUCGGAGGCCCAGCGGCGUCGCUCUCUGAAUGGGCGCAAAAGUCCUUCUCGCGACGAGAAGCUUUCGAUCCUAAAGAGGCCGCCAGCCCUGCAACUUCAGGCAUUAGUAGUGCCCCUCUGACACCUAUCGACGACGACUUGUCCAUGUCCUUUGUCUAG